GAGAAUUCCAAACUGCAAUUUCAAUGUCACCACAUUUUAAAUUAUUAGCUUCAUUAUGGGAACGACCGUCUCGAAUCUCUUCUCUCGAUUUUCCAGGAAAAAGCAAAUGCGAAUCGUUAUGAUUGGACAUCCAUCGUCUGGCAAGACGACAAUCCUCUACCAUCUGAAAAGCGGGAAAGUCGUGACCACCAUCCCAACCACUGGCUUCAAUUUGGAAACUCUGGAACACAAAAACAUUCGCAUCGACGUCUGGGACAUUGGAGGUGGCGAUAAAAUACGUGCUCUAUGGCCACAUUAUCUCCGUGAUGCUCAAGGUAUCAUUUUUGUUGUCGAUAGCAAAGACACGGAGAUAUUAUACGAAGUUUGGGGCGACCUAAAAUUAAUGUUACAAGACGAAGGCUUGCGCAAUGUGCCGAUUCUGUUGUACGCCAAUAAACAAGAUUUGGCCGAAUCCAUGAGUGUUCGCGAGCUGGCGGAUAAGUUAGACGUUAACCUACACUUAGCCGGUAGACGAUGGCAUAUCCAAUCGGCAUCGGCUUUACAAGGUAAUGGACUUCGAGCUGGAUUCCUUUGGCUGGUUAACGAGCUUAGCAAAUCAGCAAUCGUCUAGUAGUUGAGUUUCAGCUUCGUUGUCUAUCUUAACAAACAACAACACGAAGGAAUAAGAAAUUAUAUUUAUAAUUGUUUAGGCCGUACUGUGAUGUAACUGAAUGUGUGUACGGUAUCAUACUUAUAUCUCAAAAUAUACAGAAAAAUAAGAAAA